AUGUGUAGUGUACCACCCUACAACAACAACAACAACAACAACAACAACAACAACAACAACAACAACAAUAACAAUAACAAUACCAAAACCACACGAUCUACAUUGACAAUGAGGAGUAGUAGAUUAGCAACAACAAUCAAAUCAAAUCAAAUCAAAUCAAAUCUCUUCCUCAAUCCUAAUAAUAUGAAGAGACAACAACAACAAAUACAGAGUGCUGAGGAGAGAGAGAAAGAGAGAAGAGAGAAAGAUAAGGUUGGAUAUAAAUUACACAUUUAUCCUUAUUUAAAUAUCUCUGACCUCUAUUUGGAAUCAAUGGGAGAUUUUAUUAAAACAUUGGGAUCAAUGGCAUCAACAACAUCUACAACUACAAUAGCAUCAUCGGCAUCACCAUCAAGUACUUCGUCAUCAUUUUUAAAUCGAAGAAAGCUUGGGUUGACAGUCAACGUUGACAAGACGAUAUCAUCGGUUUCACCAAGUGGUACCUCUGGAGCUUGUGGAGGUGUUGAACAAGUACAAGUUGGAGUCAAUCAUAUAAUAUCGGCAGUACCUACAGACGAUACCUGCAGGACAAAUUUGGAUUCAUUCCAUCCUCAACAACAAACAUAUACAAACACCAAUCCACUCACACCAAUUGUCUAUACAUCAUCUCCACCUUCAUCAUCAUCUUCAUCACCCAAUUCAUCAUACUCUUCAUACUCUCCUGUUUUAUCUCCUGUAUUAUUAUCAUCCAACAAUAUCAACAAUAAUGUUUUAUUAAAACAACAACAACAACAAAAUAUUCUAUAUCCUGUAAAUAACAAUCAAUCAACCGUACCUACUACUACUAUUGCCAACAACACAUUUGCCAAUCCAAAUGAAUUGAAUUUAUCAUCAUCUAAAUUAGGAUUGAGAAUCAAUACAGAUUUAAUACACCAAGAACAUUAUGUUGGAGGUCAGAGUAGCAUGGAUAGCACAUCGUCGAGUCAGAGCUCGUCAGAGGAACCAUUGGAGAGUAGUCGAUGGCUUGGAUGCGAUAUGGACAAGUUUAGAGUAUACGACUCGGUGUGUUCACGUGUCACCGACUAUCUAUUUAUGGGCAGCGAGUCGAUCGCUUCAGAUUUGAGUAUUCUCCAACGUCACGGCAUCACUCAUAUUAUCAAUGCCUCUGUACAGUGUCCCAACUACUUUGAGUCGCACCAAGACCACCCCUUCACCUACAUAAAGUUCCCACUCAACGAUCACCCGUCCGAGGACAUUUCGGCCGUCUUUGACCAAGUCAUCUCAUUUAUCGAGAUGGCCAGAAGCAAAAACGGAAAGGUUUUCAUUCACUGUCAAAUGGGUGUCAGUCGGAGCCCGUGUCUCUGUAUCCUCUGGACCAUGCAUUCCCAACGUUGUUCAAUGGAGACUGCCUCCGACAUCAUCCGAACCAUUCGUCCAAUCAGUAGGCCAAAUGUUGGUUUCCAAAUUCAUUUAUUAAAUUGGGCAAUUAAACAAGGUAUUCAACAAUCUUAUUUAAAUGAUCAACAAGAACCAUCAUUACAAUCACAACCAUUAUUACAACCAUUACAGCAACAACAGCAAUACAACUCUUCGACAACUUCCGAUUCAACUAAUAUGUAA